AUGUCAAAAUUUGUCUCGGUAUUGGGUCCACUUGCAGAUGCUACUGAGUAUAUUGGUAGUGAACAGUAUGAUACAUGUUCGGCUGUACUUCCGUUAGAAGCAUUUUUGCGCAGACUUCUUCGGGAUUACGAUCCAGGGUAUAUAGCACGUUUCAAAUCUGCAACACUGAAUGACUUCUCAGGUCGCAUUGAAAAUAUUAAUGCAUUGCCAACGUUGCAAAUGGCUGUGGCAUUAGACCCACGUUACAAGAAACUCGGCUGUCUCUCAAGAGAGAAACGUGAAGCAGUUUGGACAAUACUUUCUAAUGCAUUUCGGGUGUACUGUGACCAAAGACAGAGAGCUGAACGUAAAACUACUACCAGCACUGGCGAGGCACCAGAACCUGUGCGUAAGAAACUGAAACUUACUCGGUUGGUCAGCGACUCGGAAUCGCAAUCCUCAUUAGAUGAAUCACAAACAGUACAUGGCUCGCUGGCUGAGCUUACACGAUAUCAAGAAGAAGGUGUAAUUCCAGAAACUGAGAAUCCCUCCAUGUGGUGGCAACUGAACAGGCAUUGUUACCCUAACCUGAGCAGUUUUGUGCAGACAAUUAUGUGUGUACCUGCCACUUCUGUUCCUUGUGAAAGGCUGUUUAGUUCGUCAGGGUACAUUGUCAACAAACUACGAUCUUGUCUACUUCCAGAAAACGUUAACGUCCUCGUUUGUUUACGUGACUGGCUAAAGUGA